AGCUUUUAAAUGCUUUAAACUACGUUUGAUUUAAAAAUUAAGCGGGAGUAUAGAAAAGACUUUCAAGCGAAACAGAGGUGUGCCUGGGAAAAAUAAAUUAACAAAACAACGCCAUUGGAUUACUUAAAAAAAAAAUAAUUAAAUAAAUAAUAAAAAGGAUUAUUAAAAUCUAUAUAUUUUUUUAUAAAAAAAGAAGUCGAACAAGAAUUAAUUUAGACAAAAUGAUGAAAUUUGUAUUUGUUUUGUGUGUAGCUGUGGCUUUGAUGCAACAAACCCAGGCUUUUAAAGUGGUCACUAUACAUAAAGGUGCCCCAUCAGCUGCCCCUGCUCCAGCUGCUCCCGCUUUUGAUCCUUCUGCUUUAUUACAAGGUGUACAAUCUGCCAUUGCUGGUAAAUUGCAACAAGUCCAAGCUUUGGUCGGUUCUUUGGUCCAACAGAAAACUGCUCUUAAACAAAAUGCUUUGAAUUCCUUGCAAAGUACUUUAGGUGGUGUUAAGAGUCAAGUUGGCAGCCUAGCUGGCAGUGUACGUCCACCUUUCGUUAUCCGCAAACAAAUUUAUGUUGGUGCUCCUCCCAAGCCAGCACCUGCACCAGCUCCCGAGUCCACUACUACUGCUGAUGUUGAUACUACAACAACAUCGGGUUAAUUUUAUAAUAAAUACGAUUAAGCAGGCCAAAGUUACAGAAUAUUUAAUAGAAAAAAAAAACGAAUUUUAGGUACCCCCUAGUUUUAAGUUGUGCUCACAAAAUAAUUAUAAACGAUAUUUGUAUGUAUGUCUUUGUGCUCCUUUGAAUGCAUAUCUUUAAAUUGUGCAUAAAAGACUUUUAAUAAAAUUAUAA